AUGGAUAUUAUUCAAGGGCUUAUCCAGCCUCCAAAGGUCCAAUCUGUAGAUGAAACAAUUCCUACUUUAUGUGAUACAUUAGAGAAUGCUACUCUCUUAAGUGAUAGAAGAUCUGCAGUUCUAGCAUUGAAGUCAUUUAGCCGUCAAUAUAGAGAGUAUGUGGUUGCAUCUGGUUUGAAGCCAUUAGUACAGAGUCUUAAGAGAGAUAGCAUUGAUGAAGAUAUGGUAAAAGCUAUUUUAGAGACUUUAUUGAUCUUGUUUAUUAGGGGUGAAGGUGAUGAUGAUUUAACUAGAAACUGGAUAUCUCAGCAAUCACGAUUACAAAACGGUAAAUAUCCAUCUCCCUUAGUGAUGAAACAGGAAGAAUUAAAACCCGAUCAAUUUUCAAUGUGGAUUGCAGAUGCUCUAACACAGAAUGACGAAUGUAUUCAUAUGAUUAUCGGUUUAUUAAGUUCUGAAAAUUUUCAUAUCCGUCUUUAUAUCAUUCAAUUACUGGAAGCUGUCGUUGCUACCAGACCAUCUAGAGCUAGAAAUGCCAUAAUAUCGCUACCUACUGGUAUUUCAUCAUUAGUUUCAUUAUUAGACGAUAUUCAUGAGCAAAUUAGAGAUGAGGCUAUUUUACUGUUGAUGGCUGUUGUUAAUGAUUCUUCGCACGUUCAAAAAGUUGUUGCUUUUGAAAACAUUUUUGAAAGACUUUUUGUAAUUAUUGAGGAAGAAGGUGGUCUGAGAGGUUCUCUAGUAGUCAAUGACUGUUUAUCAUUAAUAAAUAACAUUUUAAAAUAUAAUACUUCAAAUCAAACUUUGUUUUUAGAAACUGGAAAUAUUCCUAAACUUCUAUAUUUAUUAAAUGAGCCAUUAUCGGAUAAAGAAGAAUUCUUUUGGAAUGAUCAAAGAGUCAUUAAUAUUAACACAGCUUUAGAUAUUGUAGCUUUAAUGGUGGAACCGGGUAAUACUACUACUAAAAUGCAUCAAGAUACCUUAGUUGAAACUAAUGCUCUAAUGGUAGUUUUACGUUUAUCAUUCUAUCAUAAUAUACCAAAAAAUGUAAGACCAAUUGCAUUAUUAACUGCUGCCGAUAUGAUUAAGGGUAAUGAGCUUGCUCAAUCAGGUUUUGGCAAUAUCGAUGUUCCCUAUUUUAAUCCAUCCUUACCAACAGAUAAUAAAAACACCGGGAUGAAACUAGUUCCUGUAGUAAACUUAUUGACUCAUUGGGCACUAUAUGCUAAUUCGGUACAUACUUUUCCUACAAGAUCAGCAGCUACUGCUCUAUUAAAAUCAUAUUUUGAAGAUAAUUCUGUUUUGCAACUAUCUUUUAUUAAAAAUCAAAUUACAGAAUAUAAUAACGGCUCAACUUUUGUCGAUGAAUCAGACGAUACAAUGAACUUUAAAUGUAAUUUAUUUGAAGUAUUAUUGGAGUACGACCCUGAUAUUAAAUUAAACCCAUAUAAACUCUAUUUUGCUACUGAUUUAAUGAUGUAUUUUUUCCAACCUGAUAAUCCAGCAAGUUCUAAAAUCAGGGAGCUAAGCAGACUGAUAUUUUCAGAAGAAGUAAGCAACAAAUCACUACAGGGCAAUAAAAAAUUAAAUAUAGGCCAGAAUGCUGAUAUAGGUAAAUCUACUAACUCUAAAGAGUUAAAGAACUAUGAUGAACCAUCAAAUAGCACCAAUAAUAAUGGUAAUGAUAGUAAUACCGAUAAAAUAGAUGAUGAAGAUGAUAAUGAUAGCGAUGAUGAUGAAAAAUUGGAUGCAAUUCAAACAAUUGGUGAAUUGUUACUUACUGCAUUGAAUGCUGAAGAUAUUCGUAUCCCUAUUACUUAUCUUUCAAUGCUAAUCUUUUGGUUAUAUGGCGAUAUGGAAGCAGUGAAUUGCUUCUUAUCUAAUAAAUCCAUUAUUCAAUCGUUAUUGUCAUUCUCAUAUCAGUUAGAAGGUGAUGAUAUCACACUAAAAUGCUUAGUUACAAUAUUACUGGGUAUAGCAUAUGAAUUCUCUUCUAAAGAUUCUCCUUUUCCCAGAAAAAGUUAUUUUGCGUUUGUAACAAAAACCUUAGGCCAGGACAAUUAUGCUUCAAGAGUAAGGCAAUUUAAAGAAGAUUCAUUAUAUGCAAAAACUUCGAAGGAGUUUGAUAUUCUCAAGCCUUUAUUUGAUGAAACUGGGCUUCCAAAAAUUUACUUUAAUACUUAUUUCUUCGAACUAAUUGACAAUAAUUAUUAUAGAAUCAGAACAGCUCUAGCUCAUAGCCCUGAUGUCGAGCCCUUUGUCGAACUUUCUUUUGAAAACUUCGAACAAAUUCAAGAGGAAUGCAAGGCAUUAAAACAAGAAAUUAAUACGCUAGGGGCUGAAUCUCAAUUGACUAUUGAAAAGUUAAAGAACGAUUUAGAUGCUUUAAAAGAAAGCCAUGAAAAUGUUACGACUGAUUUUGAGACCGCGAAAGAGGAAUAUCUAUCAGUAUCUGAUAAUUAUAACAAAACUCAGAAAGAGCUAAAGGAUCUAACUAUCAACUUAAAAGUAGUCAGCGAAGCAAAAGAAAAUUUGGAAAAAAUUAACAGCCAGCAAAGCAAUAAAAUGGAACGUCUUAAUGACGAAUUAACACAAAACAAAGAAAAAUUAUCAAUACUACAUAAAACAUUAGAUACGCUAAAAAAAGAAAAAGCAAAAGCUGAGGAAGGUAUCAAUAAAAUGGGAAGAGAAUUGAUGUCUUUAACUAAAGAGAAAGAUUUUCUAUCUAAUAAAGAAAAAGAAUUAGAAAAAAAAAUGAAAAAAAAUUCAGAUACUUUCAUGAAAGAGAAAUCCUCUCUCCAACAAAAUCUACAUGAAGCUGGACUGAAGAUUAAAAAGUUAUCAGAAAAUUUAGAAAGUGCCAAUAAGGUUAUUGACGAAUUAAAUUCUGAAAAAAGGAAUACUGAUAAAAAUUUAGAAGAAUGGAAGGCUAGAUUCCAAAGUCAUGAUGCUCUUGUUCCAAAACUUACCGAGAAACUAAAAUCCUUAGCUAAUAGUUUCAAAGAUCUACAAAUUCAAAAUGAAAAAAUUACAGAAGAAUUACAGGCUUCUAAAAAUAGUCAUAAUACUGAGGUUUCGACUUUAACAUCACAAGUAGCUUUGCUCAACGAAAAAAUAUCUACUUUGAUUUCAGAAAAAAAUGUGCUAAAUAGUCAAAUUAUUGAGUUAGAACACAGUCUAUCUAAGUCUGAAAUAUUAUCCAAAGAAGCCUUAGAAUCCUCUCUCGUCGAAAAAGAAGCAAAUGAAAAACAAAUUUUGGAGUUAACUACCUCGAUUAAUGAAUUGUCUGCUGAUAAAAAGAAAAACAUUGAAACUCUUGAUAAUUUAAGAACUGAAUUAUCUUCCUGUCAGGAGGAUUCAAAAACAAAAGAUAGCACAAUUAUCAAUUUGAAUAAUACUAUAAAAAUAGCAGAAGAUAAAUUAGCAAGUUCUGAAUCACGAUUAGAAGAAUUGAUAAAACAGAAGGGUGAAUUAGCAAAGCAAAAGGAUGAAUUAGCAAAGCAAAAGGAUGAAUUGCAUAAGUUGAACGUUGAAUCAAAGGAUGAACUUCAAAAAACUAAUGAUAAAAUUGCAAAAUUAUCAGGAGAACAUAAAGAAUUGAAACUUGAAAAUACUUCAUUAAUUAAAAAAUCAGACGAUUGUAAAAUAUUGCAUAAGACUGAGGUGGCAUCUUUACAGGAAAAAAUUAAAUCUUUAGAUGGGGAGUUAAAAAGAAAAGAUGAAAAUUUUCAUGAGUCAGAAGAAAAAUUAGUUCAUAAAAAUGAUAUAAUGAAAGAUAAAUUAUCUACGCAAGAAUCAUUACUCAAACAACUGGAAUCAGACAAGGAGUCCUUGAAAAGUAAUAUUGAAUCUCAUUUAGAGAAAAUAGAAGAACAAAAGCAGGAGAUAUUAAAACUACAAGAUGAAUAUUCUUCUCUAGAAUCUGAUUCCUUGAAUUCUUCGAAAGAAAAAGAAAAUGUAACCCUUCUUUUAGAUGAAGCUAAUAAUAAAAAUGAGAACUUGAAAUCAGAAUUGGAAAAAGCUAGGGCUGACCUAAUUGAUCUGAAAUCUAACUUAGAUGAAACUAACCUGAAUUCUCAAAGGAUUUCUGAGGAGAAGGAAAAUUUAUCCAAGAAAAUUAAGAAAUUUGAGGAUGAAAUCUUAUCUAUCAAAAAGGAAAGAGAAACUUCAAAACAGAAAACACAGGAACAGAUAAUGGAGUUACAAAAAUCAAUAAAAUCAAGAAAUGAAGAAUUUGAGAGAGAAAGAAAAUUAUUGAACGAGGGAUCUAAUACUGCAACAAAGGAAUAUUCUGCAAAAGUGUCUGAAUUAGAAGACAAGCUUGAUGCCUUGAAAGCGGAAUAUUCUCUAGAGAAAGAUAAAUUAGUAACUAACUCAGACUCAUUGCGUGAAUCUAAUGAAAGAUUGGAAGAUCAAUUGGAGGAAAAGUCAAAUGAACUGCAUUUAGCAAAAGAAGAUGCUAAGAUUCAAAACGAAAAAAUUAAAAAUAUUGAGUUAAAACUUAAAACUCAAGCAAACUCUAAUGAGUCCAAACUAAAAGACUACAUGGGAAAUAUUGACUCUUUGAAAAAGGAGUUAUUAGGCAAGGAGAAGGCCUUAGGCAUAUUGCAAUCUCAGUUAGAAUCUCAAUUGUCAGUUGUCUCAGAAAAGGAUACAGAAAUAGCAGAUAUUCGUAAACAACUAAAAAAUUCUAAUAUUAAGUUAAAUGAGAAGGAAGUAAGUGAAAAGUUGGCAAAAUCAGCAGCGGAAGACUUAGCCGCUAUAAAAGAAUCAGAGCUAUCAAAAAUAAAGGAAGAUAUGAAAACUCUAAGAUCCGACUACGACGGUAAGAUAAAAGUUAUCACUUCUUUAGAGCUAAAACUAAGUGAAUUUAAAACUUUGUCAGAGGACUAUUCUUCACUAAAAGAUAAAUUGGGUAAUUUGGAAAAUGAUUUGAAGGAUUCUAAAGCAUCAUUUCAGGAAAAGAAAACGGAGGCAGCUGAGUAUAAGCAAACUGUUGAAAACUUAGCUAAAGAAAAGGAAAAGCUAACUAAUGAUCUGUCUAACUUGACUGAACGUGUAAAUUCUUGUGAAACUGCAAUACAACUGAAAGAUAAAGAAGCUAUAGAAGCCAAAAAUAGACAUGAAGAAUUAGCAGUCUCCAAAGAUGAAGAAUUGAUUCAAUUAAGAAAAGAGAUCGAAGAACUAAAAGCAUCUAAUUCUAAACUUCACGCCCAAGCAAAUGAUAAAUCAGAAGUUGAUGAACUAAUGAUAUUAGUCAAUGAUUUAGAUGAGAAGAACACCAAAUAUCUUGCAAAAUUGGAAGAAUUGGGUAUAACCCUUUCUUCAGAUGAAGAGGACACCGAUGACGAGGAGGAAGAGGAUGCUAGUGGGGAUGAAAGUAAUUAA